AAUAACGCAAUCGUCGAAACAGAGGAACCAUAAAUCUACGAACAAUCUAGAGAGAGAAACCUCCGUUCUUGAGAGAGAGAGAGAGAGAGAAGAGAAGAUGUCGAAGGAAGUGGGCGAGGAAGGACAGAGCCACCCCCAUGGCAAGGACUACGUGGAUCCACCACCGGCUCCGCUUCUGGACAUGGCCGAGCUCAAGCUCUGGUCCUUCUACAGAGCUCUCAUCGCCGAGUUCAUCGCCACUCUCCUCUUCCUCUACGUCACCGUUGCCACCGUGAUCGGUCACAAGAAGCAAACCGGACCAUGUGACGGCGUCGGCUUGCUCGGUAUUGCUUGGGCGUUCGGCGGCAUGAUCUUCAUCCUCGUUUACUGCACCGCCGGUAUCUCUGGUGGUCACAUCAACCCAGCGGUGACGUUCGGUCUGUUCUUGGCUCGGAAGGUGUCCCUGGUGAGAGCCGUUGCCUACAUGGUGGCUCAGUGCCUCGGAGCCAUCUGCGGUGUUGGACUCGUGAAGGCCUUCAUGAAGAACCCUUACAACCGCCUCGGUGGCGGCGCCAACACCGUUGCCGACGGUUACAACACCGGCACCGCCCUCGGCGCCGAGAUCAUCGGCACCUUCGUCCUCGUCUACACCGUCUUCUCCGCCACUGACCCCAAGAGGAGCGCGCGUGACUCCCACGUGCCGGUUUUGGCUCCACUCCCAAUUGGGUUUGCGGUCUUCAUGGUGCAUUUGGCCACAAUCCCCAUAACUGGAACUGGCAUCAACCCAGCGAGGAGCUUUGGUGCUGCGGUCAUCUACAACAACGACAAAGCCUGGGAUGAUCAUUGGAUAUUCUGGGUGGGACCAUUCGUGGGAGCCCUGGCAGCAGCAGCAUACCAUCAGUACAUCUUGAGGGCUGCAGCCAUCAAGGCCUUGGGCUCUUUCCGCAGCAACCCGACCAAUUGAAGUGUGAAUCGGAUUUGGAACUUAUCCUAUAUUCUUGUUCUUUUGUGUUUGUGAGAGAGAGAGAAUGUGGUCAUAUUUCUUUAUGUAUUUUUUCCUUAGUUUUUUUUUUAGUCUUUUGUUUUGUUUAGUUUUGGUCUUUUACGUGUACCCUUUGCCCCCUUCCUAGUGAUGCAGUUUCUCUCCUUA